AUUACAGAGUGUAGACUCAAACAGUGUAGACGUCAUUUUAUUAUCACAAAAAAAUAAUAGUAAAGUGUAUCUUAACAAGACAGCCACUGAAAAAACUUGAAAAUUUACGUAUUAAGUCAAAUAAUGACGCAUCAAUUUACAAAAAAGAAUAAAAACUUUUCUGAUAAACUAGAAAAUUCUAAAUUUUCAUGAAAUUAGUUAAAAUGGAAGACAUUUCGUAAUAAAAACAAAUUGAAUAACAGAACAAAGUGUUGUGUUGUGUUGUCAAUUCAAGGAUAAAUAAAUAAAAAACAGGUAGAAAAUAUUUUAAAAAACAAGCUGGCUUAGUAAAAGUUUAAAAACAAAUAGAAAUAUGUGUGCUAAUUUGUUGGAGAAAAUAUUUUAGUCGUUCGAUAUUUUUUUGCAUCACCAAAACAUUUUUGUUCAAUUGUUAGAUACUCCCACUAACCAAGAUAUUGAUUUUUAUUUGCAUCGAAGGCUAAAAAAUUCAUUAUUACUACGACAAUCAUCAGAUUCGGUUCUUAGUUCAAUUCAAGUGAUAUUAAUAAGAAAUAAAUUACAAUGCAACGUUGGUGGUAUGCAGACGGAAAGGAAACUCCUUCAACGCCUUCAAAAUCGCCAACAAAAUUGAAAAAAAGCCCUUCGGGCGAGGGAAGAAAAUGGAAAUUCCAAGUUUUGGUUACUAAAUCAUUGCACAGAGAAGAAAAAUUGGCAGUUUCAGGAGACUGUGAUACUCUUGGAAAUUGGGAAUUGAAUGACGUUGUUUUUCUAAAUGCGCCAUCAGAUAAUCAAAACAUUUGGAGGGUAGAUGUUGAUUUGCCGAGCAACAAAGAAAUUAGGUAUCGUUACUUAAUUUGUUCGGUAGACCCUCAAACGGAGGAAAUUCAUGUCAGACAAUGGGAAACCCAUAUUGAACCUCGCGUUGUUCCAGUAGCACAAACAAAUAUGGAUGACGCCAAAGUGGAUGUUUACGGCGAUAUUGAUGGCGAAAUUAAAUUAGAUCGUGGAUGGUUGACAUCCGAGACAGUAGUUCAGUUCAAAUUUUUCAAUAAUCCAUUCAUGCUAAAAGAGAGAAUCAAAAAUAAGUUACUUUACAUCAAGAUAACUCCGCUCAAUUUACUCACUACUGAAAACUCCUCCAUUCAAUUUGACGACUCGAUUUCAAAUGAUACACGUGACAAUACAACUGAACAACCGGCCUACGCUUUCACCGAGGUUUCUACAUUAUCGAGUGCUAAUUGUUUGUUUGAGCCACAAGAACAAUUCGGAAGGCCUUACUACCCCAAUGAUUACCUUUUAUUCAAUGUGACUGUAUCACAACCGGAAAAUGUUGCCUAUAUUGUCGAUUUGUACACGCAUAGCUCAAAGGCGUCUGUUGAUGAGCCACCCUACCAUUUAGGAUACCACUACAUCAUGCCAAACGUUCUGAAAAAAUCUGAUGGUCGAUUGGAGCUUCCUAUUACGUGUGCAACUAAACAUCGUCCACUUGGAUUAAUGCGUGUAGAUUUCUUGAAAAUCACGCCUUUGGAACCGGGACGUUGUUCGUUGAAACAGUCAUUCGCACGUUAUUGGAAAAACACCUGGACUGGUUUAGAUGUGGGACACAGGGGAUCGGGCACCAGUUUCAAAGCAAACUCUGGAAACGUUAUUCGAGAAAAUACGAUUGCUUCACUGAAAAAGGCUGCCGAGCACGGUGCUGACAUGGUGGAAUUCGAUGUGCAGCUGAGCAAAGAUUUGGUGCCGGUCAUCUAUCACGAUUUUAAUGUGUAUGUUUCGUUGAAGAAAAAAGGGGACAUAAACACGCAAAAUGACAUGCUAGAACUUCCGAUGAGAGAAUUGACGCUGAACCAGCUGAAGGAAUUGAAGGUAUUUCAUUUGACGGAAGGUCAGACACGGGAACAAAAGUUUUUCGAUGAACACAUUGAAGAUCACCAACCAUUCCCUCAACUUAGUGAAGCUCUUGAUCGCAUUGACAGCAGUGUUGGUUUCAAUGUGGAGAUUAAAUGGUCACAGGAACGCAUCGAUGGCACACACGAAAGCUCCAUAAUUGUCGAUCGCAAUCUCUAUCUUGACUGCAUUUUGGACGUCGUUCUCGCAAAAGCAGGCGACCGUCGAAUUGUCUUCUCCUGUUUCGAUGCAGACAUUUGUACGAUGUUGCGGCACAAACAAAACAUUUAUCCGGUUAUGUUCCUAACUCAAGGUAUCACCUCUAAAUAUAUCAAAUACAUGGAUCCACGAUGCAGUACAAUUGAAUAUGCCGUGCGAAAUGCUUGUUGCAUGGAAUUAUUAGGCAUUGUUGCACACACAGAAGAUUUAUUGAGAGACGCAACUCAGAUCAAUCUGGCAAAAGAGCAGGGUUUGGUUAUAUUUUGCUGGGGCGACGAUAACAACUGCAAAGAAACCAUCAAAUAUCUCAAAGACAUGGGAAUCCAUGGUGUUAUUUAUGACAAAAUGGAUGUACUUUCAACCAAAGGUGCCAGGGAAAACGUUUUCUUAGUUGGAGCUGGAGCUGCUCAAUCGAAAAUUUUACAACAAAUUGAUUUGGAACACAGUCUCGGUGGCCCGCCAUCAACAACCGAGCAAGUAAAUGAAAAUCAAAAUGGUGUAACUCAAGCAAUGGAUACUUCAAGUUUGCAAAAAGAAGAAAAAGUCCUGAACUACGAUGCUAACGAGCAAACGUUUGUCUUGACCACGAUUCAAAAUGCCUCUGAAACAUCAAAAUUAGAAAAUGGUAUCUGAAUGCCUUCGUCGAUUGAUAUUGAUUCUUAUGUGUUAAAGCUUUGUCUUCCGCGAGUUUUGUUAUCAACGAAAUAUUUUGUGUAAGUAAGAAAGGAUUUUAAAAUAAGCUUUUGAGGGAUUUUCUGUCUGUUUUGAACUCGCUAUUUUAAAAAUAAAUUUAAAUUUUGAUGAAAGU